UUCUCUACACCCAACAAACUAGAGAAAAACAUCAAAGCGGAACUCAAAAUUUUUAUCAACUAAAAAAAAUGAAAAAAAAAGAGUUAACUAAAAAUGUUUCAAGUCCGCGUUUCUUCUCAACCCUUCAACACCACCGCAUUCUCUCUCUUUCUCUCUCCUCAUUCAACCCUAAUUCGCAUCAAUUUCUUUCUCCAAUUCCAUUUUCCCCUCUUUUUUCACCUGAUCUUCAUCCCUAAAUCCCAACUUUUCAUGUUUUUCACUUUUAGAUCGAUUUCCGAUCUUUUCCCCCUUUUUUCUGACUUGAUCUGGGGUUGUCAUUUUGUGGGGUGUUUCUGCUGUUCGACUGAAAAAUUCGGGUUGAUUUGAAGGAGUGGUUAUGGAUUACGAUCUUUCCGACAGCAGUGAGCAUCUAAACAUUUAAUUAUAUACUUAUGGGGGAAGGGACGGAUGAUGAUCUUCCACCACCUCAUCAAAAUAGAUUUGCAAGAAAUGCACGUGUAGCUGGGAAUGGGAGGUCUGCAGUUGCUGCCCCUGCUUCAUAUCCAAGGAUGCCAAAUAAUGACAUGGAAACCCAAAUCCAUAUUAUUGAACAAGAUGCGUAUUGCUCAGUUUUGCGGGCCUUCAAGGCUCAAUCCGAUGCCAUUUCUUGGGAGAAGGAAAGUUUGAUAACGGAAUUAAGGAAGGAGCUGAGGGUGUCAGAUGAGGAACAUAGGGAGCUUUUAUCAAGGGUGAACAAUGAUGAUAUGAUCCGUAGAAUAAGGGAGUGGAGAACGGCAAAUGGGCAACCAGGCAUGCUUAGCUCUUCGCAACCUGUUCACGAAUCUGUACCUAGUCCAACUGUUUCAGCCUCGCGUAAGAAACAGAAAACAGGACAGUCAGUGUCGGGAUUAUCUGUUGGUGCACCAUCUCCGACCUUGCAUCCUAAUAUGCAACCAUCUUCUUCGAAUUUGAAACGAGGCCCACCUCCAGGAUCACGACCCAAAAAGACAAAACCAACUUUGCCAUACCCUUCUCCUGCUCCUCCAGGAAGGCCUCAGGUAGCCAAUCGUAGUACAUCAGGCAAUUUUGCUGCUAAUGACCCUUCUGAUACUGAGAAUUAUGGAAAGAUCGGGAAAAGAGUAUGGACAAGAUGGCCGGAAGAUAACAAUUUCUACGAGGCAAUUAUAACAGACUUUAAAGAGGGCCGGCAUGCUUUAGUUUAUGAUAUGAAUACGCCAAACGAAGCAUGGGAAUGGGUCAAUCUGAAGGAGAUAUCCGAUGAAGACAUCAAGUGGGAGGGUGAGGGUUCUGGAAUAUCCCAUAGAGGAGGUCGAACUGGUCAAGGUCGUGGUUUUAAGAAGUCUUCGGCCCGUGGUGGAGCAGUUGCUGGUGUGGGGAGAGGUCGUGGGACCUUAAAGGGCCAGACCAAGAAGGAUUUGCUUAUGCCCCAGAAUGGUAUUGGAAGAAAAGGAUUGGGAGAUAUUGAAUUACUUCAUACUGAUACUCUAAUUAAAGAGGUGGAGAAAGUUUUUAGUGCUAAUCAUCCAGACCCAAUGGAGGUUGAGAAAGCCAAGAAAGUGUUAAAGGAGCAUGAACAAGCAUUGGUAGAAGCUAUUGCUAGGCUUCAGGAUGCAUCUGAUGGUGAAAGUGAUGGGGGAGAGCAUCCCUUCUCACAAGGACAGUCAAUGGAUCGAGAGCAAGGAUGGAGGAAACGGCAAUAUGAUGAAAUGGGAGAAGGUAGGGGAAUGGAAGGUCCAGAUGGUGAUAAAGGCAGAGUUCCCUCAGAAAAGAAGCAAGAAGCUUAGUCUAUGUAUCUGAAUCAUUGGCAUUUGCCAGAUUGUACCAUUGUCCAUUUAGAAUUAUAGGUGAUCAUUAGGGGCAGUAGGUAGUGGGAGGUGUAGAUUUUUGUAUUAGUACUCUCCAGUUAUGUAUUUUUAACCAAAAACAAUAGAAGUUGGUUCGUGUAAAUCUGUCAGAUUCGUAAAUUUAUAUAGAAUUGUUUUAGUAAUGCACAUUAUUGCCUUAA